CAGAAAGAAGCCGCUUAUUGGUUGUACGGUGCGAGGAGAUCACGGGAGCGGAAAUAACGUCAUUCCUGACGUCAUUGGCGACAACCUUCUCAAAUAUUUGGCGCCCUUUGCUGUCCGGCUCAUUAUAACUAGACUAGUGCAAUGGUGGCCAAAAGAAAGCUGUCUCGAUCAGAUGACAGAGAAGAGAGUUUUACUGCAGACACUUCCAAAAACAAGAAGUGUCGUACGAGCAGUAAAAAGUCAAAGGCCUUGCCCCAAGAUGGCGUGGUGGAGAAUGACAGCAUAUUCGUGCAGCUCCUAAAGUCAUCAGGAAUGACUCUCAAAUGUGGAGAUCGUCAAAAUGAAAUUGCUGUGGAUCAGGCUGUUUUCCAAAGAAAGCUUCAACAGGCUCUAAGAAAGCAUCCCAGGCACCCAAAUGUCAUUCAAGAGUUCAUCAGUGGACUAGAAUCACACAUUGAAGAUCGAGAUAUAUUUAGAAAUUGCCUUCUUCCCUGUGGAAACAGACAAGAGACAGAAGCAAGUACCAUGACUGGUUCCUUCCAUGACAGCCUAAUAAAACUCCUGUUGGGUACAGAUAUUUUACAGGAAUCUGUUAUAAAUACAUUGUUUGAGAAACUUCCAGAGUUUUUAUAUGAUAGUGUUGGCAGCGAUGGAAUCAGCAUUCCUCGAUUAAUCAUCAACCAAUUUAAAUGGCUUGACCGCAUACUGGAUUGCAAGGACCUCACUCUAAAGAUUAUGCAAUUGAUCUCUGUGGCACCUGUUGAUAUUCAGCAUGACAUUGUCACUAGCUUGCCUGAAAUCCUGGAGGAUUCUCAACAUAACGAUGUUGCAAGAGAACUCAACUCUCUGUUGCAACAGAAUACACAGCUUACAGUGCCAAUUCUAGAUGCCUUAUCCAGCCUCAAUAUUAAUGCAGACCUGCUUUCUGAGGUGCGCCAGUCAGUUAUGUCCACCCUCUCAGCAGUUGAACUAGAGGAUUUGCCUGUAAUAAUAAAGUUUAUUCUCCAUGCUGUAACACCUUCAGAUGCAUUAGAGGUGAUUUCUGAGCUCAGAAAGAAACUUGACCUGGAGUCCUGUUCUUCGCUUGAACAGAUAUAUGCAACUCAGAGUAAAGAAAGAAAUAAGCCACAUGCUGGCUCUUCAGUGAAUAAAACAAAGAGCAGUGACUGUGUCUCGCUUAUGAUGGAUGUCAUUAAAUCGUCUGUCCGAUUUCAAAAGCACACGUCUGAAGCUUGGAUGAAGGCAAUAGAAAAUGUUGACACUGUUGGAGACCAUAAGGUUUCUGAUUUGAUUGUUCUCCUGAUCCUUUACACCACACAAACAAACAGCAGCAAGAAACAAGCAGAAAGGGUUCUGAGGAACAAGAUUCGUUCUGGCUUCAUUUUGGACCAGCUAUUACAGAAUGCCUUCAGGAAUCAUUCACAGGUUUUGCGAGACUAUUUUCCCUCUAUUCUGUCCCUGGCCCAAUCUAUGCUACGAUCCGCAGAGCAGAGUGUGGUCUCAUUUGGCAGCCUUAUGUAUAAAAGUGCUUUCUCUUCCUUUGAUUCUUACUGCCAGCAGGAGGUUGUUGGAGCAUUGGUGACCCAUGUGUGCAGUGGUUAUGCAGCUGAAGUUGAUGUUUCACUUGAUGUGCUUACUGAUUUGGUGUCCAGUCAUGCUGCUGCAGUUGCUCUUUAUGCUGUUUUUGUAAAGGGUAUAUUAGAUUACCUGGAUAACCUAAAUGCACAACAAAUCCGUAAACUGUUCCACAUCCUCAGUGUACUUGCUUUCAGCAGGGGCCAGGAGGGAGGCCACAUUCAGGAUGACAUGUUUAUUGUGAUCAGGAAGCAGCUGUCCAGCACAGUCCUUAAGUACAAACGAAUUGGUAUCAUUGGAGCUGUGCAAAUGGUUGGAAGUAUGGCAAUGAACAAAAAACAUGGGAGUAAACAUCCAGAAAACAAACCUCUAAGUGCAGAAACCUUCAGACAGGUGACAGCCCUUCUUGAGUUGCUACAGACUUGCAGUGAGCGGGUAGCGGAAGCCUCUGCCCUCUAUUAUGAUGAACUGUCCAGCCUGGUGCAGAAGAGAAAUCUGGAUCCACAAGUCAUGAGUUGGGUGGGGAAGACUGUGCUAACAGACUUUCAGGAUGACUUUGUGGAGGAUCUCACACCAACUGAGGAAGGAAACUACAUUUUCCCACUGAAAGCCAUGUACAAUCUAGAUGAGGAUGAUAGCCAGGGUGGGAUUGCUAUCAACCUACUUCCUCUUCUGUCCCAGGACAUGCGCAAUAGAGGUGCAGAACAAGUAGCCAAUAAAGAAGGAAGGGUUGUUUCUCCGAUCUGUCUGUCUCCAUUUUUUCGUCUUCUGAGGCUAUGUAUAGAAGAUCAACAUGAAGGCAAUCUGGAGGAAAUCGAUGCAUUAUUAGGCUGUCCCUUAUACCUAACAGACCUAGAGAUAACAGAAAAGAUGGAGUCUCUGUCCAAACAAGAAAGGGAAUUUCUCUGCUCGCUAUUGUUCUUUGCUCUUAAUUGGUUCAGAGAAAUUGUGAAUGCGUUCUGCAAGCAGCAAGAUCCAGAUAUGAAGGGCAAAGUGCUGACACGAUUACAAAACAUCACAUGGCUGCAGUCCGUUCUGGAGAAAUGUCUGGCAGCCUCUCCAGGGUACAUCCCAUCAUCUGCACACUUUGAUUCUGAGCCACAGGAGGUAUUGCCUUCUGCUAUAGCACCAGCCCCGGCAAAAAAGGCAAAAAAAGGCAAAACCCCAAAAUCAGCAGGGAGUAAAAAUGCAUCUGCUGACAGCUCUCAGCUAGAGGAACACAUGGAUACUGAGAAGUCUGAAUUAGAAAAAACUCAGCCAGAGAAGGAGAAGGAAGAAAGCAAACCCUCCAUCAACCUAAACAACUACCGUGCCUAUUUUCGUGAGUUGGAUCUGGAAGUCUUCACUGUUCUACAGUGUGGCCUACUUACGCGAUCCCUUCUGGACAGUGAAAUGCAUACAAAGGCAACUGAAGUGGUGCAGUUAGGUCCAGCUGAACUGGUGUUUCUCUUGGAGGAUCUGUUUCGAAAGACUGAAAACAUACUCACUUCUUCUGCAAAAAGAGUGACGUUCUUAAAGGUUAAAAAAAGCAGAAAUUUAGGAUUUUCACAGCUGCUCCAAAAAACUCCACUGGAAGUUGCUCAAGCAGUUAUCCAUCUGUUAAAUUCACUGUGCAACCACAUUGAGAACAUGCACAACUACUUCCAGACACUGAUGUUAGAAAACCAUGGUGUAGUAGAUGCCCCGGGUGUUGAUAUUAAAGAGCAUCAGUAUAUGUCAACUUGUUACCAGCUGCUGCUCCAAGUUUUCCACACACUCUUUUGUUGGAAUGGAUUUUCCCAGCAUGAAAACAGGAAAUUACUGAAGUCUGCACUUAUUGCCUUGGCAGGUAGACUGAAAGAGACUGAAACCGAACCUGCCCUUGAUGAUCUUGUAAGACAGAGUUUCAACUACUUAAAGAAUCUACACAGCAGUGUACCUACCUGCUCGUCUGCAUUGUGCCUUACUCAGCUGCUGAUUGUUAUUGCAGAGAAGACAAACGUUCUUCAAUAUCGGGAGCAGAUCGCUUCAAUGGCAAAACAGUUUCUCUGUCAAGCAUGGAUCCAACCCAGCGGUGAAAGGGAGAAGGGUAUCCGUUACCAUGAGAAUCUGCAGAGUCUUUUGUGUAUAUACCUAGAAAAUACAGAUGAUGUCCUAAAAGCUGUUGAGGAUAUAGCUGGAGUUGGGGUACCAGAGUUGGUCAAUGCAGCUAAGGAUGCAGGCUCAUCUUCCUACCCUACACUCACCAGGCAAACGUUUGUAGUCUUUUUCCGGGUAAUGAUGGACAAACUGGAGAAGUGUGUGAAGUCUAUACCAAGUGGCAAGAAAGCUGAAACGCUACAGGAGCAGACUGAGCAGCUUCUAAGUUGGAAUCUGGCUGUCAGAGACUUCCACAUCCUUGUUAACUUGGUUAAGGUGUUUGAUAGCAGGCCUGUACUGAGCAUAUGCUUAAAGUAUGGCCGCCUGUUUGUUGAAACGUUCCUGAAACUUGGAAUGCCCCUCUUAGACUGCUGCUUCAAGAAACAGCGGGAGGAUGUACAGAGCUUGCUGAAAACCUUACAGCUUAGCACAAGGCAACUUCACCAUAUGUGUGGCCACUCUAAGAUAAACCAAGACACUGCACUUACCAACCAUGUACCUCUGCUGAAGAAAACCUUGGAGUUGUUUGUGUAUAGAGUAAAGGCGAUGCUUGUCUUAAACAACUGCCAGGAGGCUUUCUGGCUAGGAAAUCUCAAAAACAGGGACUUGCAGGGAGAAGAGAUUGUAUCUCAGGUCUCUCAAGAGAGCGAAGCUGAGGAGGAACAGGAAUCCCAGCUCCCACCAGAGGAAGAGGAAGAGGAAGCAGAGGAGGAGGAAGAGAAUGAAGGAAGUGACAAAGAAAUUGAAGGAGGAGAUGAGGAUAAUGAGGAUGAAGAUUCAGAUUAAAUUGUCAUUAACCUGCUCCCUGUAAAUUGAUCUUAUUCUUUCCUAGACACAUUUCAUUGCCAUAUGUAGGCUAAGCAACUAAAAGUGGAUCACUCAAAAUAAUGAAUCCAAUCCCACAAAAAAUGUCAACUUGCUUUGCAGUAAAGGAAAAUGUGUUAUAUGUAUUUUACCUUAUGGAACUCUCCCAAUCUCUGUAUGAUUCCCCAGUUACUGUACAGUUCUUUGAAAUAUCCUGUUCACAUGCUGUAACUAUUAUAUUUUUUCUUUAAAGUAA